GUUGUGCUAAGCCGAUAGUGUGCAAAUAGUGGAGUUCUUCAUGUAGUUCUGUGCUAUACUAUUAAUAAUAAUGAUUUACUUCAGGUCUUAAAAUGAACUACAUUUUACAGCAUAAUUUUGUAUAUAUAAGGAUGUAGCUGAUGUGUGUGGAGUGGUGGAACCUUUUGUUUUCCUUGAUGUGACAAUAAAUAUACAGUGAUGAUUCAGCUCGGUCUAUGAUUGCUUAUUUUUCGCCAUUGUGGUAUUGCUGGAUUCCUUUUGGUGUGUGAGAUACACCGCAGAGAUUUCUAAGCUACAGGUUCUGUACUGGAUAACGGCUAUCUGGUGAGGAGGAGGAGUGCCUGAAUACUUUCCAACAUCCCGCAUAGUGGGGCCGGAUAACCGAUAGCUCAGAGGGUGCAAAAUGAGGGUCCUCCUCUUUCUAUGUGUGAGUGUGGCUCUACUUUAUGUGGUCACCAGUGAUCACAAGGAAGGACACCAUGAUAAUGAUAAGCAUAACCACACGGAUCAUGAGCAUCAUAAUGGCCACAAGGCCCAUGAUGAUAAACAUGACCACAAACAUGACCACCACAAAAAAGGAAAGCACCAUCACCAUCACAAUGAAUCAACAGAAAGCCACAAAAUAGCACAAAGCAAUUAUGAAUUUGCAUACAAGCUCUUCAGACAGGUAGCUGCAGAUCAUCCAUCUGAAAACAUUUUCUUCUCCCCGGUGAGUAUUUCCACUGCAUUUGCUAUGCUGUCCUUGGGUGCCAGGUCUCAGACCCACCAUCAGAUCAUCGAAGGUCUGAACUUCAAUAUCUCAGAGAUAUCAGAACAAGAGAUCCAUGCAGGCUUCCAGAAUCUCCUACACAUCUUAAAUGAACCUGACAGCGAAUUGCAGCUCAACAGUGGAAACGCUCUAUUUAUAAGCAAAAACUGGAAGCUACUCCAGAAGUUCUUAGAAGAUGUCAAGAAUUUCUAUGAGGCAGAGGCAUUUUCUACUGAUUUCCACAAUUCUGAAGAGGCAAAAUCUCAGAUCAACAGUUAUGUGGAAAAGAAAACAAAUGGGAAAAUUGUUGAUUUGCUGAGCAGUGUUGACCCAGAAGCCGCAGUAGUUCUUAUAAAUUAUAUUUACUUCAGAGGAAAAUGGCAAAACCCUUUUCAGGAAGAAUCAACAAAAGAAGGUGAUUUCCAUGUUGAUGAGAAAACUGUUCUGAAGGUUCCAAUGAUGUUCAGAAAUGGCCGCUACAGGGUAGUACAUGACAGGGAUCUUGGUUGUCAUGUGGUAGAAAUACCAUACAAAGGAAAUGCCUCGGCAUGGUUUAUUCUGCCAGAUGAAGGAAAAUUUAAAGCAGUGGAAGAAGCUCUUGGGAAACCCACCUCAAAAAAAUGGCUAAAUGAUUUUAGUAGCUGGUUAAUAAAGUUAUGGAUCCCCAAAUUUUCUAUUUCUACCACGCUUGACCUUGUACCUGAGUUUAAAAAAUUGGGUGUUACAGAUCUAUUUUCUGAUGAAGCUGAUCUCUCUGGUAUUACAGGAGAAUCAACCCUUAAAGUCUCCAAGGCUGUUCAUAGGGCUGAACUAAGUGUUGAUGAAAGAGGGACAGAAGCUGCAGGUGCAACAGUUGUGGAAGCUGUACCCUUGAUGCUUCCACCAUCCAUCAAAUUCAACAAACCUUUCUUUUUAACUAUUUACCAUAUACCAACCAGAAGUUUAUCUUUUCUUGGAAAGAUUGUCAACCCCCUGAAAUAGCCCAACUUACACACUGUGAGCUGUUUUAAAUAAACUCACCUUAUCUCUA